UUCUCUCCAUUUACUUGGUUCUAUCCCUUAAAGCACAAAUCUGAUUUUGCCAUAGUUCUUAAAUUUUUUUGGCAUUUGUUCAAACUCAAUUUUCUUGCUAGAGUAAGAGAUGUGAUUAAUUACCAUAAAAUUAAACUUGGUUUGCAUGUCUAACGGAUAUUUUUAACACUUGGGUGAUAAUCAAUCAAUAAAAAGUGAGUUGAAAAUCGAAAUAGUUCUCACUGUUAUAAGGUCUGGUCUGUAUUUUUUCAAAGUGUAGGGGUAAAACCAGAACUUCUUUUCACUAAUACUCCAAUAGUAUACUUUUGCGUCGAAUGUGAGUUUCGUGUAGUGUUUUCGAGGGGGAAACCAGCGUGGAGUCGGUUGCCGGCUGCCGCCGUAGAAAUGGUGAAAGAAGGAGAAACUCAACGUAAAAUUCCCUCAAAACGGAGAAAGUUUCAGAAAAUCGGAGAUGAAUCGGAAGAUGAUCGAAUCAGCAUGUUGCCAGAUUGCGUGCUUGUUGAAAUCCUGUCUCGUUUACCCUACACAAAAGACGCGAUUAGAACAGGUACACUCUCUAAACGAUGGGAACAUCUUUGGACUUUGCUUCCUAUUCUAGUUUUUAAACAUGAUCAGAAUAAUCUCCCAUGGUCCGAUUUCGUUUUGACGGUUGACAAAACCCUAACUCAAUGUUGCCCAUGGAAGCUCAAGAAAUUCGUAGUGAAUACCAGUACUUAUAGCGGAUUCGAAUCACAAGUCAACAACUGGAUUCGUUAUGCUAUAAGAUGUAACGUUGAAGAGCUUGAUUUAACAUUAGGUGGUGUGUCAAUAGAAGCUGAAUUUAUGGUAGAUCAAGUUUUUUUCAUAAGUUCAUGUUUUACACAUCUGACAUUAGAAGGGUGCAUACUGAAUCCAACUGGGGCGAUUAGUUGGAAAAAUCUUAGGAGUUUGUGUAUUUCCAAUGGGAAAUUAGAUGAAGAUUUGAUUGAAAACAUAUUAUAUGGUAGUCCUCUAUUGGAAACUUUGGAAUUGGAAUGGUGCUAUGGCUAUAAGCGCCUCAAUAUUACUUCAAAAAGCGUAAAGAAGUUGGUGGUAUCUGAAUACUAUGAUCCUAAAUACUUUUAUGAUGAUCUUCAUGAUACUCUUGAAAUCAAUGCUCCGAAUAUUUUAUCACUAACAAUCAAAGGUGAUAUGUUAUUGGAGAAGCUUUCUUGGCCAAAUGUGUUUUCUUUAGUCAAAGCUGACUUAGAUUAUAGAAAGAUGCGGCAUUUGUGUAGAACAUCUAAAGGAAGGAAGCUUAAAAGAUUUAUUCUAAACCACCUCUAUCUCAAGGAGCUUAAAAUUGGAAGUUUCUGUUCUAAGGUUGUGCCUCAUUUGGAAGCUAAAGGUUUUGUUGUUCCAUCAAAUAUCACACCUCCGGGUGUUACUUAUAAUUGGUCUAGUGAGAGUGAGAGUGAGAGUGAAAGUGAGAGAGAGAGUGAGGAUGAUUCAGAGUGAUUCAGUUGAAAGUAGAGACUGGUGAUGCAUUGAAUUCGUGUUUAGACAUUUUUGUUGUUGUGAAAUAUUUUCAUCUUUUGUGUUUUGGAUCAUUUCUUACUUAAAAUUAUCGAUCGAUUGACCGUCUAAUGUGAUCUUUCUUUAUUUGGUCAAUGUAUUAUUAGUUGUUAC